AUGAUAACAAAGGAAGCACAACAAACAAAUAUGGAUCUUGACAGUGAAGCAACUCUCUCUCAAGUGGAGACAAAUUUAUAUAAUGCAAUCUGUGAUGCUGGCACAUUACUUCAAAAAGCAAUUCAGAAAAACUCAAAGAAAAAAGUCUUGAUAGCACAAGAAGCAUUAAGAUCAAGAGUCUUUGUCUUAAGAGUAGCAGAAGAAGAAGAUUGGAGUGUCAUAGCAAAAAUCCUAAAACUGACUUCUAGUGAAAGUAAUGAAUUUAAAAUUUUGUUAAUCGAAGUACAGAAACAAGCAAAACCACAUAAAGGUCAAAUAGGACAGCCAUAUAGUAUUAGCAACAAUGAAAUAGAAAGGAAAAGAGCUAGUGGCAGAAGAAGGUAUACAGAAGCUUGUGGCAAAGGUGUUCCAGCUAAUAGAGGAAACAUUCAGACUACAUUCAAUAAACAAAAUGGCUUCCUAUAUCAAUAUGAGGUUACAGAGAUUCAACACUCAAAAAGUACUCUGUUAUAUGAAAAGCUGCAAGCCAAAAGUAACAGUGAUGAUUUCUAUUUGGACUUUAGCCAAAUAGUGGCUUCUACUUCUGAAACUGAAUUGGAAAGCAAUAGCACUUCCAAAACUAAAGAUUACAUUUGCCCUGAGCCCAUUAGGAUUUGUAAAAUCCUGGAGAAACCAAGAGUCAUUGGAAACAACCUUUGGUUUGAAAGAAAGAAAAACUUUAGGAAGUCAUUAUCUAUCUCGAAGGUCCUGAGAGCAAUAAAAAGGAAAGCAACAAAAAAUAAAACACCAGACUGGCCAUAUUCAAUAGUAAAAUGUUUUGCUGAGUAUGCAGGUUUAGAAAGAAAAUUUACAGGCCACUUAUUAAGGAUUUGUGAGGCAACAGUGACAAUGAUUACAAGA